GAGAAAAUACCGAAAAAAAGAAAUACCGAAGAAGAAGAAGAAGAAGAGGUGUUUGUUGACAUCGUGACGUCACGUGCUGGGCGGCCGCGUUUGUGUCCAAGCCUUCUUUCCUUUUCACUAAUAACGCCUGAAAUACCGGUGACAGGUGUGCAGCGCAGGGUAGCGUGAGCACCUGCCAAGCCGGUCACAGUGAUAGAGCCUCAAGAAGACUAAGAAGCUGUGUUGCCGAGGACCAUGUCUGACUCCAGCAGCUCAGAUGAGGAGGCGUCACGGUUCAGGGAGGUGUGUGACCCCACCCUGUGGAGGACGGCUGCGCAGGGAGCCGCCAAGAAUGAAACCUGCAGAGCGGAGGCAUCUGACGAGAAGCCCCAGCGCCCCAGUCAAGGCGACCAGAGGCAGGCCUUCAUGCUGCUGGAGAAGAUACGCACAACCCUUGCCGAGGCGCAGGGCAAGGCAGGGUGUGUGGGGCUGAAGCACAGGGAUGGCCAUGGCUCCGGCACACAGGGCAAGCCUUUGUCGGGCAGAGCAGAGGCCAGCACAGCGAGGGUGGCCAUGGCUGCCCCAUCCACACUCUCUCCCUUCCUGGCCAAACAGCUCACCUCAAGACUGGACGGGAGUGUGGAGUACCAGGGUGGCCAGGAGCACAGACUGACCAAGGAUGGCAGUGGUGAUUGUGGUGGUGGCCAACCCCUCCACCAUCCCCUCCGCCUCCUGACCAACCUGCCGCUCGCCCCUCAAGGCAGCACUGACCCCACACACGCAGCAGCCAGGAGGAGCAGGCCGGACAGAAUUCCCAAGAGACUCUCCUACUUUGAUGGCUGUGAUGCGGAGAGGCUGAAGGCGCAGUGCAGGGCUGUGGCGGUGCCCUCGGAGUGGAUUCUGUCCGGGCAGGCGGCGCACCCCAGGCCACACCCAAAGAACGUCAGGUGAGUAGCAGGGACAUACACA